AUGUCGUCUGGUGGGAGAUUAUCUCGUAAGCAGAAAGGGAAGGCGGCCGUGACCUCAUCAAGUCCCGCGAGAGAUACGAGCGGUGAUCCGCUCGAGGAGUUUGAGUCGGUUCAUCGCGAGGCGAUGAUGGAUGCCAGAAGCUUGGACGUUCCCCAGAGACUAUUGGUUUCCGAGUCGGCGCACCUUCACCGAGAAGAAGUUAGAGGGGCUCCGACUGAAGCGCAGGUUUGCACGAGAGAUGGUCGGGGCGGCGCGGGAGAGGUAGUUCCUCCCAUUAACUACGUGCUGACGGGCCAUUAUCCUGGGGGAAUCUUCGAGGAGCUUCCUGCUUUGGCACCCGAGCUUCUGCGCUCGCCGAAAGUAAGCGGUCAAUCUUGGGAGAACGUUCUCAAGACGCGCUCGACUCCUGGAAGCGUAAAGAGGCUUCUGAGGGAGCGUCGAGGAGUCGGGGUGACUUCCCUAAUUCCUUCGGAAAGUCAAAGACCUUGGUUGCCGCCUGUCGGGUUCCAGUGUGUUUAUGAGUCUUAUUUUCAAGACGACACAAAGCUCUGGUUUCCGAUUCCUCAGUUAGUUACGUUGUAUGUGAGGCACCGAGGUGCGGUGAUAAGUCAGUUUCUGAAUGGCUCGUGGCGCACUACUGUCGCCCUGAUGGUCAUGGCUGCUGAGAUCGAUGUCACUCUCAGUGUUCGGGCUUUCGAGGAGCUGACGUCUAUAAACCCGUUAGAUGAAGGCCUCCUGUCGAUUAAGAUGCGGCCGAACUACAACGUGAUCGGGGGACAUCCUAGCAAGAUGCUGGAUUGGAAGAGGUCUUAUUUUUACGUCGAGUCUGACGACUCUGCCUUCGAAGACCCUCCAGACGAAGAUUAUUAUCGAGUGUUAUGGAACACUUUGCACGCCGACCAUCCAACUUCGCGCGAGUAUCCAGAGGAUUUUUUUUUCGAGUGCGCGUGCAGUAGCGAGACUCGAUCAAGAGCGUUGGGGAAAUAUCUCUUGGGAAAGGAUUUGUCGGUGCGUCGACCAGAUUUUCAGAAAGAAGAGCAUAAGAAGAUCGCCGAGGCAAGGAUAAUGAGAGGGCUCCCAGAUCUAAGCGCCAUGAUGGCUUCCCAGCUAGGCCUCCCGAGAGUCAGAACGUCCGACCCUCCUAACGAAACGGGGAUCGCCAAGACGAGCGAUACGACUCUCCAUCUUCGGGCUCCUUCUCCCGAUGCCACUUCCUCUGUUCCCAAGAAAAGGAAGGGUCAUAAGAGAUCUCGCGAUGAUCCUUCUGUUCGUGAGGACCGUGAGACGGUCCCUGAUGAUACGAUUCCUGAUGAGACGGUUGAGCCGUCAAAAAAGAAAAGGAAGAAGAAGCAGUCGAGCGAUCAACAAUCUCUCGCCGGGGGAAGUGUCGAGGCUCGAGAGAUCGAGACUGCUGAUCCCGUGGUUCGGGACAGAUCAACUGACGAGCCGAUUCCUAAUUUGGCCUUAGAGGAUGAUCCUGAAGAUGCCUCCCCUGAAGCUUCGCUUCAGCUGAAGAAGAAAACGAAGAAGGCGAGAAAGACUCCAAGGGUCGAGUUCCCGGACCGCGUCUCGUUCGAGUAUGACGGACUGACUCCCCUCAUCUACGCUCCAAACAAGUGCGCGGAACUUGUCAGUCAGAUCAAAUGUGGACUGAAUCCUCUCUCGUCCGUUGCGGACUUGGUCUUCAAGGACGAGUACAUUGAUUCUACUCUUACUAAACUAUUGUGCGACGGAGUCACGAACUUCUUGGUCGAGAAAUACGAUACGGCACUAAAGGAAUCGCUCGCGGAGUCGGAGAGUUUGAAGAGGAAGGUAGCGGCCAAAGGUAGAUUCUACCGCCGAAAGAGGGCGGAAUGGCAAGAGGAGUACGAGAAGAUGGCUGACAAGAGAGAGCGAGCGAUUGCUCGAAGAAAGGCUCAAAAAGAGCGGGCUGACGCAGUUGAGGCUGAGCUUUCCAUCGCUUGUUCUACUAUCGAAGCUAUGGAGCUGUGA